AUGCAAAGUGUUCUGCUUCAAUGCUAUCUAACAGCUCACACAGUUACAACUGUGCAAGGGAUUUGGCAUCAAAUCAGAGGAGAAUUCAUGUUUGUGAAUUUUUUAUUUCCCGUUGAGAAAAUCGACCUUUUCAACAGAUGUCAGUGGCCGAUACCGGUGAACAUAUUUUUGUCGUAUAAGGUGGUUCUGGCUCUCUUCACGACGGUAAUAACAAUCGGGGCACCAAUCUAUGCUGGCCUUCGUUACUUUGUGUACCUAACAAACAUCUCAUACACAAUAACUGCAAUUUAUUUUCUCUCGUCCGCUAUUCGCACUGUGACCUUUGAAGUUCUACGCAGGAAAAGAAACAACAGACGUUCAGAGGUUAUAUUUAAUGGGAACAUUGAUCCGAGUAGCCUUAGGAAACAGAACAUCAUACACGCACUUUUGAAGUUCAGCAUUUAUUUUGAAUGGAUGGCCCGCCACCUCGCUUACUGUGGUGCACUGAUUGUGACUGUAGGAUUUUAUAGUUUUGUGGCAAGUUUACAGGGAAUGAGUGGCAGGACCUUGUUCGACGUCAACUUCCAUAUUAUGAACAGCGUGAUCGUCCUCGUUGAUUUGUUUAUUUCUGCUUCUCCUGUUAAACUGUUCCACGGAGUAUGGGUGGUCGUUUAUGGAAUCGCAUAUGGAGUUUUCACUUACAUUUAUUAUUUAUUGUAUGACGAGGUUUUGUAUCGAGUGCUGUCCGAUUGGUCCGAUCCACACACAGCGGCCAGAUAUUUCGCUUUGUUCGUUUUUAUCGGAUCUCUACUCAGCAAUUUAUUUAUCUAUUUGUUGUAUUUAUUGAGAGUUAUGUUGUACGUCAACUUAAGAAGGUAUUUGCUAUCUAGAUCCGAAGAACGCACUGGAUUGUAUGUCGUGAACCCUUGA